UUUAUGAUAUUACUUAUUUAUGUUUAAUUAAUAUUUGUUAGUUAGAGUGGUUCAUAAUUCUAGUUUGAUUUGGUUUUUACUUUUAUAAAUAUGGAUAUUGAUGGAUAUCACUGUCAUUUUCAAUACACAAAUAUAUAUAAAUAUGCAUAGUGGAUAGAACUUGAAUUAAGAUUCAAGAAACUUUAAGUUUAUAAAUAAAAUAUUUCUUUCAGAAAGACCAUUAUUUAUAGGUCAUGAAUUCUUCUUGCAAUGAAUAGAAAGAUAAUAGAUAGUAAAUUAGAUAAAUGAAUAGUCCAAAGCUUAUAUAAGUUACAACUAUAAUAAGAUAGAAUAAUGAGCGAAAUUAACGGUACAUCAUGACAAUAAUAAUUACAAAAGUUACAUCACAAUAAUGACCGCAUUCUUGUCAACUUAUGCCCACUAACAUAUGCACUUAAUAUUUUAAUUUUAAUGUUAAAAUGCAUAAAUACCAACAUCUAGUUUGUGAAUAAUUCUUCUACUUCAUUAAGGUACACGUAGAAUUCAUCGUUCUUAAUACAUGAUAUAUAUGCUUUCAAUGUGACCAUUUACGAAUUUAAUUACUCCCGUUUUAUUAAAGAACAGGAGGAUUUGGACAAAAUCAAGUUAGAGUGUACUCAGCCUCUAUCCAAUCAGUAAUCUUAGGACUAAUCCAUUUUACAUAAAAACAAAAUAUUGUACAAACCCUAGUAAAUGUCUGAUUAAAACUGGUGAAAAUUCCCAUGUUUUUAACCUAAACAAAGAAUACAAGAACUUGGCCUGCUUCCAAAUGAUGUGUGUGUAUAUAUAUAUAUAUAUAUAUAUAUAUAUAUUUAUACGGGAUAAGACACUAGUAUCCCUCUAGACUAUGAUCGAAAUCUCAAAGACACACUUUAACUAAACUAAAUCCUAUUAACCCCUUGACUCAUUUUUUAUUUUAUUUUUUGUAAUUUUAUACACUUUUUGGUUACCUGGCGCACUCCGUGACUUCACGUAGCUGAGGCGCGUGGGAGAUGUUUGGAUGUCACAUAAAAAAAUGUGUUCUAGAUAAUAAAAUCUUAGUUUAGUUAAGAUGUGUCUCUGAGAUUUCGAUCAUAGUCUGAAAAUUACUUGUGUUUUAUCCCUAUGAAAACAAAAGGAUAAAUCUAGAAGUACUGGCAGUAUAAACUGCAACUAUGGCAUGUUAACUAAGUGAACACUUCAUGUACUAGUUUACACUGUACGAAAUGGGAGGCAAAUAUGGUCUUUUCCAAUAUGCAGAUGGCAUAGACAAGUUGUUAAUGUUACUUGGCUCACUAGGAUCCAUUGGAGAUGGGCUGAUGACUCCUCUCAACAUGAUUAUCCUUAGUAGCCUCAUCGAUGAUUUUGGAACUGCUGAUGAUUCAUUCUCUGAUAAAAUUGUCGACGAGUAUGCAUUAAAGCUACUCUAUGUUGCCGUUGGAGUUGGAGUAUCCGCUUUCAUUGAAGGAUUUUGUUGGACAAGAACUGCAGAGAGACAAACAUCCCGAAUCAGGAAGGAAUAUUUGAAAUCAGUACUAAGGCAAGAAGUUGGUUUCUUAGAAAAACAAGAUGCUUCAUCCUCUACCUUUCAAGUAAUAUCAACCAUUUCUACUGACACUCAUAUAAUACAAGAUGUUAUUGCAGAGAAGAUUGCCACUUGUCUAGCUCACCUGUCAGCGUUCGUUUGUGGCCUGAUUGUAGCCUUCUUCCUUUCAUGGAGACUAGCACUGGUGUCUUUCCCCUUCUCUCUUGGUUUCGUCAUUCCAGGGGUAGCAUUUGGAAGUUUGCUAGAGAAAUUGGCAAUGAAGAUGAAGGAUACUUAUGGUAUAGCAGGGAGCAUUGUAGAACAAGCAAUUUCAUCAAUCCGAACAGUUUAUUCGUAUGUUGGGGAAAGUCAAACAGUAAGCAGAUACAGCCGUGCUCUUGAGGAAAGCAUGAAGCUUGGCCUCAAACAAGGAUUCACAAAAGGAUUGCUCAUUGGGAGUAUGGGAAUGGUUUAUGUGGCUUGGAGUUUUGAAUCUUGGGCAGGAAGUCUACUUGUUGCAAACAGAGGAGAAAGCGGAGGACGUGUUUUUAUAUCAGCUGUCUCUUUGGUUCUUGGAGGACUAUCUUGUAUGGCUGCACUUCCAAAUCUCUCGAUCAUGAUAGAGGCGAUGGCAGCUGCCUCUAAAAUUUUUGAGCUGAUUAAUCGAACACCUGAGAUAGAUUCUGAAGAUACCAAAGGGAGAGUUUUAGCAUAUGUUAGAGGAGAUAUUGAGUUUAAGGAGGUCACUUUCAGUUAUCCAGCAAGACCAGAAGUCCAAGUUCUCCAAAAUAUUAGUUUGAAAGUGAAAUCAGGGAAGACUGUUGGUAUUGUGGGAGGUAGUGGUUCUGGGAAGUCUACAAUCAUUUCUUUGCUUGAAAGGUUCUACGAUCCAGUGAAAGGAGACAUAUUUCUUGAUGGACACAAAAUCAAAAGACUAAAGCUUCAAUGGUUAAGAUCUCAGAUGGGGUUGGUAAAUCAAGAACCUGCUCUUUUUGCCACAUCCAUAAAGGAAAAUAUCUUAUUUGGAAAUGAAGGAGCUUCGCUGGAAAUGGUUGUUGAAGCUGCCAAGGCUUCAAAUGCUCAUGAAUUCAUAGUUAGUUUACCGAAUGGAUACAAUACUCAUGUAAGGCCAAAACUUAUAAAUUUGCUAUUAUUUCUACUUACCUCUUUAAAGCUGGUUUUAAUUGAAUUUCAGGUAGGACAACUUGGAUUCCAAUUAUCGGGUGGUCAGAAGCAAAGGAUCGCUAUAGCAAGGGCUUUAAUUAAAGAACCUAGAAUUCUUCUACUUGAUGAAGCUACAAGUGCUUUGGAUGCAGAAUCUGAAAGACUAGUACAAGAGGCCAUUGACCAAGUUUCACAAGGACGGACAACUAUUGUCGUAGCACAUCGCCUCACUACAAUCCGCAAAGUUGAUAACAUAAUAGUACUACAGUCGGGGAUAAUUGUUGAAACAGGUUCUCAUGAUAAGCUGAUGCAGAUUAGUGAAGGAGAAGGUGGAGUUUACUUUAACAUGGUAAAGCUACAGCAAUCCACAUCUAGAAAUACCACAGACAGUCCAUAUCACUAUAAGGAGGCAACAAGUUACCUAAGGAGGAAGUAUGUCAAUACUCCAAAAUCUCCAUUCAUUGCUAGAUCAAGUUGGCAAAAUAGCCCUGGCAACCCUCCUUUUAGCCCAGCAAUAAGCACAACUUAUGUUCCAUCAAUCCAAACAUACUCUUUCUGCGAUAGUGAUUAUGAGUACUCAGAGAUGAGUAAUUCCACUCAUCAAAGACCUUCAACCUGGCGUUUGUUCCACAUGAAUGCGCCAGAGUGGAAUAGAGCCUUGCUGGGAUGUUUAGGAGCUGCUAUGUUUGGUGCAUUGCAACCGGCUUUUGCCUUUUGCUUGGGAUCUGUUGUCUCGACGUAUUUGAUAAAUGAUAGCUCAAAACUUAAGUCAGAGGCCAAACUUUACAGCUUAACGUUUCUAACCAUCGGUAUCAUCAGCUUCUUUGCAAAUCUAAUACAACAUUACAAUUUUGCUGUGAUGGGAGAGCGAUUAAUAAAGAGAUUGCGGGAAGAAAUGCUCACUAGCUUGCUUACCUUUGAGGUUGGAUGGUAUGAUCGAGAUGAGAAUACCAGUGCAGUUAUUUGUUCAAAGCUAUCAACAGAUGCUAGCAUGGUACGAUCCCUUGUUGGAGAUCGAAUGUCCUUGCUUGUUCAGGUUCUUGUUAGUGCUUCCAUAGCUUUUGGGCUCGGAUUGAUCAUCUCCUGGAGGAUUGCAAUUGUACUAAUUUCUGUACAACCUUUCACUAUUACGAGCUUUUACUCAAGGAGUGUUGUAAUGAAAAGAAUGUCAGAAACGUCCCAAAAGGCGCAAAAUGAAGGAAACCAGCUAGCAAGCGAAGCAGUCAUCAAUUACAGAACUAUCACAGCAUUCUCUUCCCAGGAUAAAAUGUUAUCCCUUUAUGCAGAAACACAAAAAGGCCCCAAUAAGGAAAAUGUUAAACAGUCAUGGUUAUCAGGCAUUGUCUUAUUUUUCUCUCUUUUCUUGACCGCAGCCUCCGUUUCAUUGACAUUUUGGUAUGGUGGGAGACUGAUGAAAAAAAAUCUAGUGAGUGCAAAACAUCUAUUUCAAGUUUUUUUCAUUUUGUUGAGCACUGGUAAAGACAUAGCAGAUGCUGGGAGUAUGAGCUCUGAUUUGGCUAGAGGUGGCAGUGCAAUAUCAUCAGUGUUCAAAAUAUUAGAUAUGAAAAGUGAGAUUCCACCUGAGGAUCCUCAAGGGAUUCAAGUCAAAAAUCCCAUAAAAGGCAAGAUAGAGCUUAAGCAUGUGUACUUUUCUUAUCCAACAAGGCCUGAACAAGUGAUAUUCCAUGACAUGAACCUCAAAGUUGAUGCUGGAAAGACAGUAGCACUCGUUGGAUCUAGUGGCUCAGGAAAAUCCACCAUUAUUGGAUUGAUCGAAAGAUUCUACGAUCCAACAAAAGGAUUAGUAUUGAUAGAUGACAGAGAUGUCAAAAUCUACAAUCUGAGGAGCUUGAGAUCACAAAUUGCUCUAGUCAGUCAAGAACCUACUCUCUUUGCGGAUACAAUUCGCCAAAAUAUCGCUUAUGGCCAAGAGGAAGCUACAGAUUCAGAAAUCAAGAAAGCUGCAAUUCUUGCUAAUGCUCAUGAGUUUAUAAGUUCCAUGAAAGAUGGAUAUGAAACUUAUUGUGGAGAAAGAGGAGUUCAACUUUCAGGAGGACAAAAGCAAAGGAUAGCCCUUGCUCGAGCAAUAGUAAGGAAUCCAGCGAUACUUCUCUUAGAUGAGGCGACUAGUGCUCUUGACAGUGUCUCUGAGAAUUUAGUGCAGGAAGCCUUGGAGAAGAUUAUGGUUGGUAGGACAUGUGUUGUUGUAGCUCAUCGUUUAUCAACAAUACGUAAGGCAGGCACCAUAGUUGUGAUAAAUAAUGGGAAGGUCGUAGAGCAAGGAUCUCAUCUGCAGCUACUUGACCACGGGCAUAAUGGAGCUUAUUUCUCCUUGAUGAAGUUGCAACUUGGGCACACUCCUUAGCUUUACUUUAGAAACUAUGGAAGAAGCUAACCAUGUAAUGUUUCAAAUUUUCCUUUAUGUUUAUUUUGUUCACUAGAGUACUUUAUCUUUUUUUAAUAAAGACAUGUAUAGAAGAGGAAUCCCCAAUGAAAGGUAAACUAGUUUGCCGGAAAAAUCGUGUGGACUCAAACUAAGUUAGAUUUAUAAAAAUAGGAUCAAAGGCAAAUGAAUUAAGUUCGAUCAAGUUUCCUUCGUUUUUUGUAUUGGUCCAAUUGACGGAAAUAAAGGAAGUAAACAAUAUCUUUUUAGCAAAGAAUAAGAAAGCUAAAUAUUGGAAGGCCAGAACUAGAACAGAAAAAAUCAUAUUCCCUCUUGAUUAGAAAUUGUGCAUUAAUUAUAACAAGAGAAAGAAUGAGAUGCCCUACUUCUCCCAUGCAAGGGUUUAUUUAUAGGGCAAAGUGUCACACCCCGAUCCUAAACUCUGGACGUGACGGACACUCGAUGUCAUUGCUGGCCUGUACUCAUAACAUGGCAUUGGACAUGAGCGUACAUCUAUACAUGAGCAGAAGUAUAAUUUAAAAUCAUUCGGAGAGUCAAGUUUUAUAAAAGAAAACAGUCCACAUAAAGCAUAAGUCAUAGAAUUGAAAUCGCUAAUAAGGGACACGAAAGUCCAAACUAAAACAUAACCAUCUAUCUAUCUAUGAAGCCUCUAAACAUAGCUGAGAAGACACGGCCUUGUGCAUACCUUAAAAGCAUAAACAUCAAGUACUAGAAAUGUGCCGACUAUGCCCUCGGAAACAGAGAGGGGCUCACAAUUGCAUAAGAUAUGGAACCUAGUGAGCGGCCUGAGCAGAUGCAACUCCUCCACAAAUGGGACGUAAGUACAUAUGGAAUAAUACUCUAUGUAAUAUUGGCGGAAUGAAACAUAACAUACAUGCCAGAUCAUUAGAAGCAGCUAACAUAGUCAUAAUUAUAAAAUAUGAAAUGUUAAAAGAUGAGGUCAUUCCAACUACCUUGAGGAUUUUUCUUUCAUCAUAUUUUAGUUCAUUAUGGGAGUCUAAUAGGGUAACUGAUGUAAACCACCAUGUGAGAUCAUGGAGUCUAAUCUCGGCCUGAUCAUCUAAGCCCUCUCCUAACUUAUCGGGUAUGAGACAUACGUAUACACAUCAUGUGGAUCCAUUACUAGCCCUUACCUGGGGAAUAAAGAAGGAGUCCCCGAAACAAAUGGUACGAUCCUUAACCUACAUCGACAAACAUAGUUUCAGACGUUCUUCAUUUAGACUUAUGCCUUCUCAGUUAAGUAUCUAGUUCCCUUCAGCUCAUAUGAUCCUAGAAUUUGUCUAAAGUCUCAUAGUCAUAACAUUUCAGUACAAUACAUCAUAGAUUUAGUUUAUAUAAUUACAUUGUGAGACUAAAAUUCAUGAAUCAUAAUUCUGCAUUCAUGAGAAACAUAAAUCAUCUCAUAAAAAUAAAUUUAGAGAAUCAUAAGAUAUCAUCAUAAUUUCUCACAUUUAAAACUUUCAUAACUCAUAGUUCUAGGGGUCAUAACAUAAGAAUUUCCAAGAAAACAUCAAGAAAAUCAUAAAAAGAGUUAUCAAGAAGUCAUAAAGAAAAUCAUUAAAGUAGUUCUCAAGAUAAGAAUUUCUUCUUUCAAUAAUCAUUAAUAAAUUCAUGUAGAAAAUGUGGGGUGGAAGCGAAAGUAAGAGUGAGAAAGAGAUGUAUAUGAAAGGGAUGAUCUUAUUAUGAGGGAGAACCCUCUAUUUAUACAAGAAAACUUGACACCUUUGGCCAAAUGGCCGACACUCCUACUUUACACCUGGCCUUUUUAUAUUCGGCCGACACAAAAAAACAAAAGACUUACUAUUACUUCUUUACAUAAUGGCCUCUUCUUUUAUUUGUGGCCGACACAUUUACUAUUUACUUUACGACUUUUUACAUAAUUGGUCUUUUAUGGCCGACGCAAAACGACAAAAUACAAUAUUAUUACAAUAAUACUAUUAUUACAUAAAGUAUCUUAUUUUUGCAAGUUAUCUUAUUCUAAUUGUACCUCGGGGAUUAUGUCAUCACCUUGGUUACAUUUAGAACAUAUAUGGUCUGGAUAUUUGUGACCAAUUAACUUGCAAUAUCUUGUCAUUAGUUCUUCAGAGAUGAAUCCUUGUUUUAUUGCUCUAGUUGUUGGAGUAGCUUCUGGUUUUAACAAAGACAAAAUCCAUUUCUGGACUUCUUCCAUAUCUGCUUGCCUUAUCUCUCGCGAAUUGGCAUAUAUCAUUAAAUGAUCUCUUGAAUAGUAGCUCCAUAUGGUAUUUCCUUGUAGAUAGUUAUUAGCUAACUCCUGUAUGAUAGUUGAUAACCCGAUUAUUCUUUUAUUAGCAUAAAAACUGGGUAUCUCAACUUUUGGUAUCUCUGGUUGUUGCCCUAUGUCUUCCGGUAUUAUCAUCUCUCGUGUUAAUCCAAUUUUCACUAUCUGGAUCAUUGGUUUUAUUUCAUCAUAAAGUAUCUCAGCUGGUGCAGUAUAGAAUAUUAUGAAAAAUAAGUUUCCUUUUGUUAUUUUUUUGUAUAUCAAAAAUGCUUUGUGAACCUCCGGAAUUCCACUUAUCUCUUCUCCUGUAUAUGUAUAAACUGUAUCUAAUAAUCCAUAAUUAUAACAAGUUUUAACUAAGUUUGGAUUUGUUUUUUAUUGUGCGAUUAACUUGUUAUAACCUUGUAAUUUUUGGGUUAGAUAGUCCUGGGUUUUUUCUGUGGUUGUGGUAGAUUUGGGUUUAUGGUUCAAAAAUUUUUGUAUUUUGUAUAGGUUUUCAAUAUAUGCUUGGGAUAUGUGGUUAUAUGUUUUCUUUCCUUAUGCAGGUUGGCUGCAUAUGUAAAUAUUUGUGGUGCUGGGGUAUCUACUAUACCUUUGGAAUAAAUGGUUUCGUAAAUAAGUUGUUUAGGUUUGUAUUUUUUGAUGUAGUUUUUUCCAUAGCUCGUGUGCUUGUACCUGCAACAUUAGCAAUUUUAUGGGUUUUAGGGAGUUUCCCAACGUCUCCUUUUAGCUCUGAAAUUUUUGCGUCUUCCGAUCGACGUAGCUCCGCAUGUUUAUAGUCAUGCUGCUGACUUAUAUUUUUCAUCUUUUGAAACUCUUUAUCCAUACUGUCCACUUUCGCAGAAAGUGUAGUAAUGGCUUUGAGUAUUUCUUCCAUCGUAUCUUUUUCUGGUUCAGUUUGGGUUCCUUUUUCUUGAUAGAUAGUCUGCAACAAGAUUCUUGUUAGUCUUAAUUACUUCAAUUGUAAAUGUAAAAUUUAAUAUAUUUAAUAUUAAUCUC